AUGACACGUCAUAAUCAUGAUAAUUUUAAAGAAACUCCAUCAGCAUCAACAACGUCUAUUAACAAUACUAUUAUUGAUUUACCUGAUCUUUCUGCUUUUCGACCCGAUGAAAAAAAACAUAUUCUCAAUGUUUUAGAACGUGAUGAAAAUCUUCGAAAUAAACAUCUAUCACGUUUUAUGAAUUUAAGAAAAGAAGUUGCAGAUCUUGAAAAAGAAUCAAAAAAAGUAUCAACAUCCGUUUGUGCUCGAUGCCAAACACCAUUUGGUUUUAUAUUUAAUACAGGUGAUAUAUGUCCAAAGUGUGGUGCAAAAGUUUGUAAACAAUGUCGACUUAUGUAUAAUGUUAAUGAUAAUGGAUGGUUAUGUCAACUUUGUUGUAAACAGAUGCAAUUAAUGAGCUAUUCAGGCGAAUGGUUAUAUUCAAAUCGUCAUAACCUUGAAAAACUUUCAACAAAUCCACAAGAUGCUCAAUAUGGAUCUUUAUCACAUUUAUUUUCAGCACGAGAUUCACAUAUGGAAUCAAGUUCUGAUUCUGAACCAGAAGAGAUUAUUCAAUCAAUGACUGGAGCUAGUCGAUUCAUUAUUCCAGCUUUACCUGCUAAAAUAGAUAAACAAGGAUUAACAGAAUCGGAAAUAAAAACUGAUAAAAUGAUACGUCAAAGUGAGAUUGAUGAACAAAAAUUAAAGUUUAUUAAAGAACAUAUAAAAAAACGUCCAGUAAAUGUUACAUUUACACAACCAUUACCACGACGAACUCAACAACUUACAUUGCCAUCGCCAACUUCAAGAUAUGAUUCAUCAGAUGAAACUAAUUCUAUGGUAAAUCAAUCAAAUAAUCGUCAAAAGGAAGCAUCAAAGAAACAAAAUUCAUCAUUAAUGAAAGAUAUAGCAGUAUUUAAACCAAAACUAAAUGAUAGUCAAAAUAUCGACUCGCAACAUAUUGAAAUGGAUCGUAGUUCAAUCGCAUCUGAUAUGACAAAUAAUGAAACAAAAUCAAAACGACAAAGAUUAAAGGAAAAAUUAUUUCAUCAUCCACUUAAUCAAAUCCCUAGACAACAAAGUACCGAAUCUCCAAAAACUAGCAAACUAUCUUCCAAACAUCUCAGUGCUUCAAUGCAAAAUAUACGUGAUACAGUUCGAAAUGUUUCACCUGGAAAUUUCUUAUCAUCACGUACUUCUUUAAACUCAGAAAAGAAAGCUAAAGUCCGACAAUCAAGUACUUCAACUGUUAAUGAAGAUGAUACAGUAUCAUUAAAAGUUCCAGAUAAACAAAGUAGAUCGAGUAUUACCAUGACCGACCUUUAUCAUCAUGAACAACAACAAACAAACCUAAGUGAACAUACACCAGUUUUAACAAGUUCAACAAUGCCAAGUUUUUAUCCUCCAACAAGACAUCGUCCUUUUAUUAGUAAACAUAUAUCGGAUCAUGAUGAUGAUGAUUCUGAUUCGAUUUAUAAUCAAGCAUUUAUUGUACAAGUCUUUCAACAUUGGAAAAUUAAAACAUUAGAACAUCAACAAGCAUUACAUAAUGCAGCAAAUAUGAGUACAAAUAAUACUGCACCUAAUCAUUUUUCUCAAGCAUCUAUUAAAACACUUCCACCUGUAGAAACCCCAAAAAAUGAGGGUAUUAAUGAUGAAAUUUUGUCAAAUGACGUAGUAAAUGCGGUUAAUGAAUCACAAAAGCCUAUAAUAACAAUGAAAAAAAGAGACAUACCAUUAGUAACCACACAGACACGACGAGCAUCUCAUUUGAAACAAAGUAUGUCCGUACCACCCGAUACUUCAAAUCCAAAUUUACUUGCGCCUCAUACUAAAACUAAAUUUGGAACUACAACAACAACGACAGCAACAACAACAACAACAAUUUCACCUAAAAAAACCAACAAACCGGCACCUAUAUUUAUUGCACCAAGAAAAACUCAACCACCAUCAUUACCACGUUCGUAUUCAUGUCUUUCUCUUGAUGAAUCAUCACAAAACAAACGUCGAGGUAUGUUUGACAAGCAAAGCGCAUAUGGUGAUGAUCAAAAUUCAAUGACAAUGUCGUCAUUUUGGGCACCCCCACGUUCACUUACUCCAUCACCUAGUAGUCCAAUUGAUGAUGAUGAAACAUCAGGUGAUGAAAAUAAUCAUGAAAGUUUAUUAAUACGAAAUAAAAAAUUUUUUAAAAAAACAACAAAAACCAAAGAAAAACAUUAUUUAUCUAUUCCUUCAAAUCUAAAUAUACCGACAGCUAUCUGUAUUACCGAUCCGCAUGGACAUUCACGCGUAUUUGAUAUAAAUAACGAUUGGCAUGAAGAAUUUUCUAAUAAUGAACGAAUUGUAGAAAAUGAAUUUACUUCAACGAAUACAUUCGAUCCAAAUAGUUUAUUUGAUUAUUCUUCUCCUUCAUCGUCAAUUGUGGUUAUUCCACCAUCACCUCCUACUAGUCCUGAUAAAUAUGCACUACAUAGUAUUGGAGAGGAAGAAGAAGAAUAUGCAUUCGAAAAAGAAAAUAAUGAUGGUAUUAUUUUAUCAAAAGAACUUAAUCGUAUUGAAGCAUAUUCACGAUCACGACAGACUAAUUCAAAUGUACAAAAACAAAAAACUGUUGAUCAAAAACAAAAUCAAAAUCAAAAUGGUAAACCAUUAUUAGAAAGACGAUGGAGUGAUAGUUUUGUUAAUGAUGAUGAAAAUCAUAUUGGAAUACAACAAUCACCACUUGUUAAAAUGGCUAGUGUAGCAUCUAUUGCAAAACCAUCAGUAACUCCACCAGUUAAAUUAUCAAAAACAAAGUAUCUUCUUAUAAAAUUACAUUUGGCAUCAUUACCAAAUAAAGAAGAAGAUUUAAAUUAUUCACCACCACCGCCGCCAACUACAACAGCAGCGCCAUCAUCGUCACAUAUUCCUACAAAAUAUGAAGCUUCACAACCACAUAUAAAUGAAUCAAAAGAAUCAUUGGAGGACAAUCAAGAAGAACUGUCUGAGACAGUUAUUCAAACACAAUCAAAACAAGAACCUUCAGCUAUAACACAAAAUAAAACAACAAUAAAAACUAUAAUAACUACAAUAAGUGAUGAAGAGAAUCAUGGAAAUACUCGUACAAGUCGAACACCAACUAUUGAGAAUCGCGUGGAUACUCAUGUGGUUCGAAAGCCAAGUGAUGAGAGUCGUGUGACUACUCGUACAGAUCGAAUACCAACUAUUGAGACUCGCGCGAAUACUCGUCCAGAUCGAUCACCAAGUGUUGAGAAGCGUGUGACCACUGAUACAAAUCGAUCACUAAGUGUUGAGACACGUACGACUACUCACACAGGUCGAACGCCAACUGUUGAGACUCGCACGAAUAUUCGUACUGGUCGAACAGCAAGUGUUGGUAAUCGUGCAACCAAUGCUGAUAGUGAUGAGGAUAUCGAUAAUACUUUCAAACAAGCUAAAUUGGGUUCACAAUUAAGUAUCAAUAGUGCAAUAAGUGAUACGAAAUCUCAAUUUGACAUUGAAAUAACUGGUUCAAUUACAUUAAAACUUACUUAUGAUACAACAAAAAAUUUAUUAAAUGUUUUAAUUCAUAAAUGUACUAAUUUAGCUCCUGCUAAACGAAAUCAAACUUCAAAUCCUUAUUGUAAAACAUAUUUAUUACCUGAUGAAUCAAAAACUAGUAAACUUAAAACAAGUGUUAAAAAACAUACAACAGAUCCAGCAUUUGGCGAGACAUUACAUUAUCAAGUUAGUGCUCGUGAUUUUAAUUCGCGUAUCUUAUGGGUUUCCGUUUGGAAUCGAUCAACAUUAAAACAUAAUGAUUUUCUUGGUGAAAUACAUAUUCCAUUAGCUAAUUGUACAUUGGAUAAAGUGGGAGAAUAUACACUUUUACCUCGAGUACAAAAAGAUGACGCUGCAUCGAUUAAUGAGUCGAUAGCUGAAACUGGUGAAUUACAAUUUGAAUUAACUUUUAUUGAAAAUGAUAAAAAUAAAGAAUUAGGAACUAUACAAGUUAAUGCAAUUCAAGGUAAAGGUAUUUAUUAUGGAAAAAAUAACGUCGAUGCUAUUUGCAAAGGGCUCUUAAUGCCUGAUAAAACUAAACGAAAAUUACCAACAGUACGUCGAGGACCAUUUCCAAAAUGGGAUGUUCCAUUACGAUGGGAAAGUAUACGUCGUAGUAAUUUAAGAAAUAUGUCUAUUGAAAUUAGUAUAUGGUGUCAAGAACGUUUUCGAAAAAAUAUGAUUGGUUCUAUUAAACUUAAUUCAUCACAAGGACAAAUUGAUGAUAAACCUGUUAAAUGGUUAGAAGCUACAAAGGCGGAAAAAACUGCUUGGGAAUUAUUUCUAAAAGAUCCAACGAAAAUUCAUCAUUGUCGACUUCCACUUCGACCAGCAACUAAUGACAAAUAA